AUUACUUUAUGUUAUUAAUCAACUAAAUUCAUGUCAGGCAAUCUACAAACGAAAACUGAUGAAAUCUUGGAUGAAAAGAAGUCAACUGCUUCUUGGGACAUCAAGGAAGAACAAGUCGAACCUAUUAAUGAUCUUGGUCAACAGAAAAUUGAUGAUGACGAUUUGUUUACAAAUGAUAUUCAACACAUGCACGAAGAUGAAUUGGAUAUUGUUAACGUAAACAAAAUUGUUGGAACAACUGAUGAUACUACUUUACGUUGUUUUAGUCUUCGAGCUGUUCUGGUUGCUACUGGUCUUGCUGCACUUAGUUCCUCUGUGAGUCAACUAAUGUUCUUCAAGCCUGUUGGUUUAGCUCUUUCGGAUACAUUUAUGAUCAUGGUCGCUUAUGUAGUUUGUACUGCUUGGUCUGUUUUCCUUCCAAAAGGUGGUUGGCUCAAUCCUUUCCCAUUUAAUUCGAAAGAAUUUGCUUGUAUCUAUGUCGCCGUCAGUUCCGCCAAUGUAUCUAGUUACGCAACUUAUAUUCUUUCUGCUCAAGCUUUGUAUUAUGAUAAUCCUCCUAGUGGUGCUGGUGCUAUCUUUUUGAUUUUCGCUACUCAAUUGGUAGGCUAUGGGAUUGCUGGUCAAUUACGUAGUUUCUUGGUUUAUCCUGCAAAUAUGAUUUGGCCAAUGACACUACCUACGGUGUCCUUGAUUCGAACUUUGACAUCAGAAAAGGAUGAAGCUAGAUGGCGUACCCGUUUCUUUUUCAUUGUAUUUGCCAUUGCCUUUAUUUAUGCAUUUAUUCCUGAAUAUAUGUUCCCUCUACUUGGUGGUUUUUCCAUAUUCUGCUUAGCUAAGGAUGAUUCAGCUUGGUUUACUCGCCUUUUUGGUGGUAGUGGUGUCAAUGAAGGUCUUGGUAUCUUGUCUCUCAGUUUUGAUUGGAAUUUCUUAUCUUAUUAUUAUCCUAUGGUUCUUCCUCUCUGGGUGCAACUUAACAUCUACUUUGGAAUCUUGCUUUUAUGGAUCGUUGGUCCUAUUCUUUGGUAUUAUGAUGUAUGGGAUGCACAAAGUUUUAGAUUCUUGUCCAAUGGUAUCUUUGCUAUGAAUGAAACAACUCAUCUUGGAUAUACCUACCCUCAAAAGAGUGUCCUCAAUCCUGACAACUCUCUCAACCAUACAAAGUUGGAAGAAGUUGGUAGCCCUCGUUACAGCACUAUCUUCGCCUUGAGUUAUAUCCUUAUCAACUUUGGAGUCACUGCAACAAUUACUCAUGUCGCUCUCUAUUAUGGCAAGCAAAUCUGGUCUACCGUCCGCACAACAAGAGAAGAAUAUGCCAAAAACAAUCAAGAUAUUCAUAACAAGUUGAUGGCUGCUUAUCCUGAAGUUCCCAAUUGGUGGUAUUAUAUCGUAUUUGUUCUUGGUAUUGCCGUCAACAUUGGUCUCGCCUAUGCCAAUCACAGUUCCUUGCCUGCGUGGGGUGUUAUCUUUGCUGUGCUUGUAUCUACUGUUUUAUCACUUCCUUUGAAUAUGGUUGAAGCUAUUACUGGUCAAGGCUUUGGUUUGAACGUAUUGACGGAAAUGAUUUGUGGUUUCGUCCUUCCUGGUUAUCCUGUUGCCAACAUGUAUUUCAAGACAUUGGGUUACAACACAUUGAAUCAAGCUGGGAAAAUGGGAAAAGAUCUCAAAGUUGGACAUUACCUCAAAGUUCCUCCCAAAAUGAUCUUUACUAGUCAAAUCUUUGGUACCAUCAUCGGUAGUAUUUUCAAUUAUAUUGUGAACGACAACGUUGUCACCACCAAGCGUGAUAUUCUCCUCGAUCCUGAUGGUGGAAACAAUAUUUGGUCUGGUGCUUCUCCUCAAACUAUCAACAGUGCUGCUAUUACUUGGGGAGCCAUUGGUCCUAUGGUUAUGUUUGGCCCUGAAUCUCAAUACUAUAUCAUCUUAUGGGCAUUUGUGAUUGGAUUUUUCUUACCUAUCCCUGGUUGGUUAUUACACAAGAAAUUCCCCAAGGUUGGCUUCAAUUAUAUUAAUGUUCCCAUGAUUUUGGUUGGUUUUGCUACACUUCCUGGUACUAAUUCUUCCUGGAUCACUGUAUCAUUUAUUAUCAUCAUUGUCACUCAAGGAUUUGUGAAACGUCGUUAUAACGAUUGGUUUGUCAAAUAUAAUUACUUAACCUCAGCUGCACUUGAUUCUGGUACUUCUUUGAUGGUCUUCUUCCUUUCCAUGGCAUUAUUUGGUGGUGGUAGUGGUAAUGUAUACAACUUCCCUGUCUGGUGGGGUAACCGUAUUGAUAUCAAGUAUGUUGAUCAUUGUUGUAUGAACUGUGAUGACGGUGUCCUGAUUUAAUAUAUGUAUUAUUAGUUAUAUUUUUUUUGUUCUAUUUUUCUUCUUUAAUAAAAUCAUGAUUACCAUUUUUUUUCUUUUUAUUAUAUGAUUUUCUUUUUCCUGAUUCGAUGAACAAAC